AUGAUCUCCAUCGAUUAUGCCCAGAUGGGCUCUAUAGCAUUGGCUGGUAUUCCUGUUGGGCUUUUCCUUGCAGUGAAUUCAUUAGCAACUGCAGCUGCAGUUUUUUCAGUCUAUGUGGGCUUCAUGGUUAUGAAACUUUUCGAAACAAGUUACGAUAUGCUCUUGCCUGCAGCCUCAAAAGUGGGACUUGGCCCAUAUAAACAGAUGCUAAAAGAUGGAAAGGAAGCAAAACGACGUCGAUUGCAACAACUCAAAGAGCAAGCAGAAAUGGAGACCAGUGAGAGAGCGGAGAUUGUUGAAGGUGGAUUGUUUGGAUUUUCUAUGUUGCUAAUAUAUUAGCA